AUGAGCACAAUCAUUACGCGUGCUGCGAACCGCGUUUUUGUUGGCAUGCCAAUUUAUUGGGACAGUGGUUAUGUAUACAUGAUGGUACACUUCAAAGAAGACGUGAGUAAAGCUGUAAAGCUCCUCACAAUAUUACCUGGCUUUAUGAAGCGCGCCACUGGAAGGAAGACCACAGUCAUUGACAAACGCAUCCAGCAGUGUCUUGACUACUUGCGGGCGGUUAUUGAUGAUCAGAUGGCCACGAUGACUGAGUUUGGAAAGGACUGGGCAGACAAAGCCGUCCUGCGCGAGUGCGAGCGGCAUAACGGCCCGACCAUUGUGUUGAUGUUCCGCAACAUCCUGCAGCCGGUGACGCUCUUGGAUGGAACAUUCCUUUCUAAGGGUAUGAUGGCUGUCACACCAAUGUUUGCGACACACUUCGACGAGGUGAAUUAUCCGAACACAACCCUAUUCAACUCAUUACGGUCUUACAAGAGCGACAAGUCCGUGCAGCCGCAGCUGAUCACCAUGUCUGCAGACUACAUAACGUUUGGGCAUGGCAAGCACGAUAGAACGACGUCCGUCUCGGUCCUCACUGAUAUCACAUAG